ACCCACCACACCUCUCACAGUUUGUAGUUACAUUUUCCUCUCACUCUUACUCUCAUCUUCAAAGCCUACAGAACCAGAGGAAAGAAAUGGCUGAAUACCAGCAGCCCACCCAGAUAGUGACAGUCUCCAGCACUAAUCAAAGCCCUGGGACUUGGAGCACUGGCCUCUGUGAUUGCUGUGCUGAUAUGGGCACUUGUUGCUGUGCCCUUUGGUGUUUCCCCUGCAUGCAGUGCGAUACAGCCAACAAGCACGGGUGGUGUUGCUGCCUCCCACUCUGUGAUGCAUGCUGCGUGGUGUCCUGCACGCUUCGCCAGUCGAUCAGAGAGCGCCACGGCAUCCCUGGCUCAUGCUGUGAUGACUGGUGUAAAAUAAUUUGGUGUUACGGGUGUGUCUGGUGCCAGAUGCAUCGUGAGGUGAAGAUCAGGGCCAACAUGCAGCCGGCCACCUCAACGGUGGUCACCACUCAAGUUGUCAGAGGGUAGGAUGUAACCAUUUGGCUCUUGGUUGAGUGAAGAUGGCCAACAGUAUUUCAAAGUUCAUUUCAAGUAUUUCAAAGUGCUGAUGCUUGUGUAGUUCAAUACAAUAUGUAGAGUCUGUGUUAAAACAAGAUGCUUUGAGUUUUGGUUGCGUGUUGGAUAUAUAAUACAACUGAGAGCGUUUGUUUACUCUGGCUAGUAAAAUCUGUAUAAUUUCACAUGGUCACUGUUAUUGUAAUCUUUCCCAAGUUAAACUUAACAUUUGCUGAAAUAAAAAGUUAUUCAUAUUCACCCAUUA